AUGUCCGUCGAUGAGGAGGGACAUUCUAUCCCUUUGCGCUCUCGCUUCCUGUACCUAUACCUCUACGAGCAAACGAGGUCGACAGCUGUCGUGUGGAUCCACCGUUCGCCAACACUUUGCAACGGAGGCUGGGACUCGGGAUUGCAUAUACAUAUACAGCCAGGUUGCAAUUGCGCCGAGAAAGAUCACCGACAUGCGCCAGUCCAUCGAACUCUCACCCGCCUACCGAACUUUCACUCCACGACCGAAGUUUCACUCCACGCCAUUCGCUCGCAGCGCAUGCCAUGUCUCCGCGCUCCUUGA